AACAAUUGCAAACAGAAAAUGGACAGUGAGUAUCAGCGUGAUGGAAAAAUUAUGGAUAUGAUAGAUGAGAAAUGGCGUGCUGACCAGUUGCCCAAGGAGGAUAUUCAGGUACCUAUAACAGCUCGACCAGAACCUGAACAAGACAAUGGUCCGAGCAAUGAAAGUCUACAUGAACAAGAACAGAAAUGGCUGGAUCUUGCUCUUUCAUCACUCAACCGUAUGCCACCAACAUCAACACAGAGUUGACA